AUGGGGAUCUUUCUGGCAUAUGUCGGAUUCGUCGUCUUCUCUGUGUUCUGCGUGCAGCAGGGGCUUUCUUCCCAGGCGAAAUUCACGGAGUUUCCGCGGAACGUGACGGCCAGCGAGGGGCAGAACGUGGAGAUGUCGUGCGCCUUCCAGAGCGGCUCCGCCUCGCUCUACCUGGAGAUCCAGUGGUGGUUCCUGCGGGGCCCCGGCGGCCAGGAGCCCGGCGCCGAGGCGGCCGGCGCGCAGGUGGAGCUCCUGCCCGACCGAGACCCGGACAGCGACGGCACCAAGAUCAGCACAGUGAAAGUCCAAGGCAAUGACAUCUCCCACAAGCUUCAGAUUUCCAAAGUGAGGAAAAAGGAUGAAGGCUUGUAUGAGUGCAGGGUGACGGACGCCAACUACGGGGAGCUUCAGGAACACAAGGCCCAGGCCUACCUGAAGGUCAAUGCCAACAGCCAUGCCCGGAGGAUGCAGGCCUUUGAGGCCUCGCCCAUGUGGCUACAAGACACGAAGCCCCGCAAAAACGCCUCUGCAGCAGCUCCCAGCAGCAUGCACAGCUCUGCCACCCAGCGGGCACAUGCCACCUCCAGCCCUCAUGCAGUAGCCAGGAUCCCCAAGCAAAGUCCACAAUCAGCAAAGAGCAAAUCGCCUGUAAAAUCUACGGAGCGGACAGCAAAGUUGACCCUAAACUCCAAGCACCACUCUGCACCCACUGUACUCUAA